AUGCGAGCGCACGGCGCGGCCCGAGCUCGCGGGGAGCCGGCGCCCGAGGCCGCGCCCGACGGACCUCCGCGUCCGGGACGAGCGCGCCGCCCGGAAGGCGCCGGGGCCGGACGGGGAGCGAGCCGGCUUUUCCCGAAGACCCGGCAAAAAAGGCAGCAGCGGCAGGCAGAGGCGGGAGAGCCGCGGUCGCCAGCGGACACCCUGCGGGCCUCCCCUCCCCGGGCGCCGCGCUGGGGGCCGCCCCGGACCCCGGGCCUCCAACGCAGCGUCUACUUCUCCAGUCCAAAGGAGUGUGGUGUGCGGCUGGGGACGGAGUUUUUCAACCAGCCAGCAGUCCCCCUCGCCCGGGCAUUUCUGGGACAGGUCCUUGUCCGGCGACUUGCCGAUGGCACGGAGCUUCGUGGCCGCAUAGUGGAGACAGAGGCCUACGUGGGGCCGGAGGAUGAAGCAGCCCACUCGAGGGGUGGCCGGCAGACCCCCCGCAACCGCAGCAUGUUCAUGAAAGCGGGGACUCUAUAUGUGUACAUCAUCUAUGGCAUGUACUUCUGCAUGAAUGUCUCCAGCCAAGGAGAUGGAUCUUGUGUCCUGCUGCGAGCACUAGAGCCCCUCGAAGGACUGGAGUCCAUGAGACAGCUUCGCGGCACAUGCCGGAAGGGUGCUGCCGGCCGCCCCAUCAAAGACCGGGAGCUCUGCAAUGGCCCCUCCAAGCUGUGCCAGGCCCUGGCCAUUGACAAGAGCUUUGACCAGCGGGACCUGGCCCAGGAUGGGGCUCUGUGGCUGGAGUAUGGGUCCCCGCAGCCCAGUGGACCCGCUGUAGUGGCAGCAGCCCGUGUGGGCAUUGGUCAGGCGGGGGAGUGGACAAAGAAGCCCCUGCGCUUCUAUAUCCGGGGCUGCCCUUGGGUCAGUGUGGUGGACAAAGUGGCUGAGCAGGACAUACAGGCCAGGACAUAGAGCCUACUCAGACAAGUUCUUUUAAUUUUUUAAAUGUCAAAUAAAUAUUUGCUUCUAGGGAACGCUUGCCUACAUUUCAGAUAGACCCCUGCUGACAGAUGAGCGUAUCUUCAGCCAGUGCUUGCAGGAAGCCCCAGUGUGCACACGCACACACCCAGGUCCAGGGUUCUGUGCUCCCAGUCAGGCUACCCCGCCACAGGCUAACCUUGAGUGACAGGGCUACUCAAGCUCACUUGGGCCAGCCCAUGCCCACCCUUGUCCUUCAGAUGACCAGGACAGAGAUAGCUCGGCAAGCCUGCUGGUGGUUUAUGUAAUGCUGUGGUGAUGCUAGGCAAGAAAGACUGAUGGUAAGAUGGGAGAAAGGGAGUGCGUGGUGAACAGAGGUGGUGUUGGCUUUGGAUCGGCCUGGUGCUCAGACCUAAUAUGCUGCCACGGCUGUCCGAUGGGCAAGGAUGGGCAAAUGUUUCCUCCCAUUCUCCAGGGUAGAUGGUGAAAAGACAGCAAAGAUAGCCAAGGUUAGAAAGGUGCAGCCUCUGUGUAUGUGUCCCUCCAAUUCAGUGAUGCUGAGGUGCCCAAGGACUGCAAGA